CAAAAAGGUGUAAUUGAUUUUUAAAAUCAUCUAGAUACAUUUCGUACAACAUUGGUAUUAAAAAUUUCGACAUUGAAUACCAACGUAUUGGCUUACUUUAUACUCGUAAUUUGACGAGCCCAGAAUACAUUUAUAUCCCCAAUUCUGUAAUAUACUAUUUAAUGGAAACAUCGUUGCUUUGCAUUAUGUUUUUCAAGGAUACAUAUUUCACCAAUACCAAGAAAGCAAUUACAUGGUGUAAACGAUUGCUCGGUUUUUCUGGAGUUUGGCCAUUGGAAAUUCGUGACUCGUUGUUCGUACCAUUUCUAUUUUACGGAUGUCUUUACAGUUUUUUAGGAUUUCUCGAUUUGAUCGAAUACAUCAAAGAUAUCCGUUACGUAAUGACAAACGUUAUGGAGAACAUGUUGGUGGUAAUGACAGUGACGAAAUUUGGGAUAUGUCGAAUAAAGUAUCGAUCUUUGUCAAGAUUUUUGACAGAAACAGAAAACGAUUACAUAGUCGAUAAUUAUAAAACCGAAGAAGAGAGACUGAUUUUUAUGAAAUAUAACAAAUUUUCCUACAUAUUCAUCAUGACUGCGUUUCCAUCGAUGACCUUCUUAACAAUUUAUUAUUAUUUUAAAAAUGUCAUACCGAAUGUUCUUGCAGUUAUGGCGAAUUCUUCAUUGGAAUAUAAAUUACCUUAUAAAAUAAAGCCAUUAUUGAAGCCAUACGAUGCAAAAAGUUAUGCAUUUGGCUGCAUAUACGAAUUUUUGCGUAUAACAAUGGUCAUUUCCGGUUAUACCGGAACUGAUUGUUUAUUGGCUUCUACCGGAUUUCAUCUUACCGGUCAAUUGGCUGUAUUAAAGUACAGAGUGAAGGAUGUUUUAAAUGAUACCGAUGGUUGUCGGCAGGGAAUUCGAAAAAUGAUUCUUCGGCAUCAUCGUUUGAUAAGAUUAGCGGAUACAUUAGAAGAUAGUUUUAACAUCGUUAUUUGUCAACAAUUGUUAGGUACAACGAUUCAAAUUUGUAUGACGAGUUACGAAGUACUCUCCAGUUUAGCGGUAUUCGAAGGAAUCGGUAUAUUAACGUUUGCAAUAUAUGUUUUCAUUUUGGCGAGUACAUUGUUCACUUAUUGUUAUAUCGGUGAAUGUCUUAUUGACGAAAGCACGAGCUUGUCUGAAGCGCUUUAUCAUUGCGAUUGGUACGAGUUAUCGACAAUGGAUGUGAAAACGAUUUGCAUUUGCAUGAUUCGUGCUAAAAAACCACUGCGAUUGACUUGUGCAAAGUUUUGCGAUGUAUCUUUGCGUACUUUUACUGAUAUAAUGAAGACAUCGAUGGCGUACCUAUCAGUAUUACGAACUUUUAUGUAAAUGAAAUUGUGAAAGAAAUAGUCUUGAAUAAUUAUUACUGGAAUGUUAUUUAUGACAUCUUGAAAAAAAAUUUUGAAGAUACUGCAUAUAAUAAGAAUGCAUACAACCAUUUUAUUAAGAUAAAUAUUCAUAAGAUAAAUAGAGAACAUAUUUGUUCUUUAUAUGAAUAUAUCUGACUCAAGUUUUCAGUUCUAAACUAACUUCACAUUUUUGUUAUUUUGUUAGAAAUUUUUAUAA